UAUUGUGGCAGACUAGUAGUAGUAGUGUUAUGCGGAGAUGUGGAGUAGAAUUUUUUGUAUAUCAAACGUUUUAAAUAUAAAUGAUAACUAAUUUACAUUAUGCAUUUGCAGGUUGAUGUAUGCUGUAGCUACAUAAGCCUCUGUUUAGAAUUAAUAUAAUACAGUACAGUUUACCUUUUUGAUGGUUUCGCAUGAAAGGAGUCUGUUAACAGGUAUAUCGUAUUUUACGGGAGCCGGACUCUACACCUUCAAGCAACAGGCGCAAAGCAGGAUAUACCCUGCCACACACACUGACACGCAAACACUAUACCAGGGCCAAUUUUCGUAGCAGCUAAUUAACAUACUAGUAUGUCUUUGGACUGUGGGAGGAAACCCUUGUGAACAUGGAGCGAACAUUUUAAACUCCACUGAGUACCUCAGCAGAUCAACCCAGGGCCUUGGCACUAAUCAUGGUGUCACGGAUUGAAGGUGCAGUUAUGUUGCCCACCCCCGUGUGCGCCCAUGUGGGGCGUGGGCCCUUCUCCGAUGUGUAUGACCCUGCAGAGGACUCCUUCCUGAUGAUGGACGCACUGGAGCGGGAUGCGGAGAUGCUGCGUCGGCUGAACCCGUCUGUAUGUCUGGAGGUGGGCAGUGGCUCUGGUGUACUUUCUGCGUUCCUGGCCUCCAUCGUGGGACCUAAAGCAGUGUAUUUCUGUACAGAUGUGAACCCUGCAGCAGUGCUGUGUACUAUGGAAACUGCUCGCUGUAAUGAUGUCUCCCUUCAGCCACUCAUCACAGACCUGGUGGAAGCUAUCCUGCCCAGGCUGCGGGAGAACGUGGAUGUCCUUCUCUUCAACCCUCCCUACGUUGUGACCCCCACAGAGGAGGUGGGCAGCCAUAGCAUCGAGGCUUCCUGGGCUGGGGGCAGGCGUGGCCGAGAGGUGAUGGACAGGCUGUUUCCACUGGUGCCACAGCUGCUGUCCAGCCAGGGCCUUUUUUACUUAGUUACUGUGCAGGACAACGACCCAGAGGAGAUACUGCAGUUGCUGGGGCAAUCUGGGCUACGGGGUGAGGUGUGUAUUUCACGUCAGGCAGGACGAGAGGCCCUGUCUAUCCUGCGCUUCUGCAAAUCCUGACCUGGCUCCACUGGAACAAGAGCUCCAGAAGUACACCAUCUCUCCCUGCUGGAGCAAGGGCAGUGCACUCACUGCUCAAAAGACUACAGCACCCAGUAUGCAGGGCUUCAUGCUGCUCUUCCCUGUCCUGUGGGCAUCGGGACUCCAAGAACCCACAGCAUUUUGGAUUAAGGAGAGAAUGUUACCUGAAACAGUGUGCGGUUUGGAGGCUGUGUUGCAAGGCCAGUGACUUUCAAAUGACUGUCAGAUGUUUAAAGAAGAAUAUGGUUCCUGGCUCUAUGAAGUCCCACGCUAUAGGUACAGGGGUUGUCAGGCAGUAUCACAAUCCAGAGACUGGGUUGCACGCCUCUGAAGACGGGGGCAGAUAACAGCUCAACACCUGCAGCAGCCCUGUCUACUCUUUUCCUAUAAUGUGUAGUUAUAUUAAUCAUGAAAUAAAGUUUUAUUUUUUUUGAUUAAUAGAA